CUUUCAAGCCAUAAAGCACGUUAUGUCCAAUUUUAGAUGCGGUCUAAUACGGCUGUUCCUCCAUCCCUACCAUUUCAGUAGGGCGGCAUUUUGCACUGGACUGCUUGUACAAUGCAGAGAUCCAGUUCGGUAUUGAGUGCAAUGCAUGGAGUGGUCAGACUUAAGCUGACAGCUGAGUCAUGGCAAAAACAGAAUUACCUGGAAAAACUCAGCAGGUCCGGCAGCAUCGGCGGAGAAGAAAAGAGUUGACGUUUCGAGUCCUCAUGACCCUUCCACAGAACUGAGUGAAUCCAAGAUAUUGAAUACCUCAAUCAAGUCUCCUCUCAGCUGUCUUUUCUCCAAGGAAACCAGUCUCAACCUAUCCUCACAGCUUCAGUUCUUCAUCCCUGGAAUCAUUCUUCUGAAUCUCCUCUGCACUCUCUCCAAUGCCUUCACAUCCUCCCUCAGAAACUCCUCCUGCAGGAGACACAACUGUGAGUGACAGCAGCGGAAUGGAUUCUGCACUCAUUGGAGGCAUUAUAGCUGCGGUGAUAUUUGUGGUCAUUUGCCUUCUUGUGGUUCUAAUCCGCUACCUCUACAGGCACAAAGGCACAUAUCACACCAACGAGGCCAAAGGCACAGAGUUUGCAGAGAAUGCGGAUGCUGCUUUGAAAAAUGACCCCAACUUCCAAGACGCAGUGGAUGAAAGCAAGAAAGAAUAUUUCAUCUGACAACUAGCGGUCCUGUUAGUUAGUGGCACAUCGGUAACACUGCAGCCAGGACUUGCCGUUCACAGACAGGCCCCUGUGAGGGGAAAAUUAACAAGUGGACAAAUUAAAUUUUAACUCCUCUCUUUCUGGGAGAAAGUCAUGAAGUUGGUGCUUUAUUUUGCUAGGAAGACAGCAUACUCUUGGAAAAGACAUUUUUGUACAUGCCUUCAAUAUUGUUUUUUAUAUUGUGUUUCCAAAGUACCACUAAAGUGCCAGUGUACAGACAUGAUACUAGGUGUAACCUGUUACAUUUAGCAACCUGCUUUGUGGAUCUGUGAGAAUAACCUAAAUAUCUAUGUACAAAACCACUAACAAAGGAGCCACUUGCAAUGUGGCUGCAAUGCAUAACAUUUUUAAAUAGUAAAUGCUUUUUCUAUGUAUUCACACUUGGACCAGAUGUAUCCUAGAAGAUUGUAUGACCAUGCUUACUUAAAUAUUUACCAAACAAAAGUCCUCUGGUUCAGUGGGAACAUGCACUAUAGGCUGUGAUACUGAGUAAUGCAGACCAGGUAGUAAGGAUUGAGGUUUCAUCUCUGGUUAGUUGGCAGCACCAGAUGAUUUCCCCCCCACCAUCAUCACAAAAGUGGAGGGGUGAAAUCAGCUGCUCCUGAUCAACUUCCAACUCUAACCCCCACGUAAAGUGCACUUACACCAACAUUUCAGUGGGGAUGCAGCUUUAAGGCCAUUGUGACAGAGCCUUCAUGCUCCCAGCCUCAGUUUGCGUAUAUGAAGAACAGCCAUUUAAGUCAGACACAGUCAUGUUGGCACAUGGAGUGAACUGACAUACAAGUGUGUGUGUGGGGGGGUGGGGGGUGGGGUGCUAUCCCCACCCUGGCAGUUUCUAACUGGUUACAAUGAGAGAAUACUAACAUUGUCACACCACAGUAGUGACCUAAUGAUUCACAAUGAAGGGCGUCAAUCUAUAAGUGAUGUAUCUUCACCCUAUUCUAUGUCACAUAGCCUUGAUAUAAUAGAAUGGAUCUCAUUUUAAACCCUUGUGUAAAUAUGCACUGAAUUCCUUCUUUUUCCUGCGAUAUGCCCGAGUAUGUGUAAGCAUCGUAAACAUUAGGAAAGUGAUGUUACCUAUUUUUCAACCAAUUUUUUUUUUAAAUUUCAAUACUGUGCAAGUGUUUUAAGUCUUGGAUUUCUAUCAGAGCUUUCAGUAUUUUACUGUGAAUCUUGUGCUUUCCCUUUUUGCAACAUGAAGGAUAUUGGAUAAUAGGAUAGUUUUAUUUUUCAUUUUUUUAUAUGUAGUUAUUCUCAACCUCUAGGUUGAUGUGUCUGACAUAUUCCUGGAGGAUUAAUCUCAUAACCCCCCUGCCUCCAACUGUGUUUUAUUUCCUCAUAUCCCAAUAAACAAAACAUGCUCAAGGGCAAUGAUUUUCUUCCUAUUUUUCUCCUGAAUUGCUUCCGACAGUGUCCAGGAGAUAAAUCUUCAAUUCUUGGAGGUUUCAGAACAAUGCUGGAGGGUCUGAUUUCCCCACACCCACUUCCCAUGUCCUUGCCUCAAACCCCCCUUUGCUGUGUAGCAAUUCCCAUAUGGAAAACUGACAUCUAAUCCCGCUCUUCACUUCCUCUCCCUAUCUUCCCUGAGAAAUCUCACUGGAAACCAACAUUGGAAUCUCCAAUUCAGGCCCCACACCUAACAUAUUGCACCCUUGUUAUAACCUUGGCAAUGGAUUUUGAAAUCGACUUUAUUAAACAGACUUUAUUAAACAGACUUUAUUAAAUUUGUUUACCAACAAAUGCUUACCAUCAGGAAUAAAGUCACCUCCUUUCUUCCUUUUUCAUCUAAAAAUUGUCUAGCUGCUCCUGGGCUAGAGUUGGACAUCAGUGAGCAUGUGCAGGAGAGGAUGUAUGCAUAUUCAUAGUAAACGUACACAUGAUUUUUUUUCUUUCAACCACUAGAAGUGAGCCCUGUGGCCAUUGCUGAGUAGUAUCUGUCCUCAACAGUAAUCAUGUAAUAAUGAGGCGUUAGGCACAAUAUACAUUUAUAUGGAACCUGCAAUAAAUUUAUUGUGUAUUUCCAACUGGAAUCAAUUGCAAAAAGACAAUAAAACCUCUCCUAAAUAAA